GUCAACACGCUCCUUCCGCUGAGGGGAGGAAACGGUGUAAAACAACCGGAAGUGGAGCCUGUGGCGCGUGUGCUGGACCGCUUUGCCUCGAUCUGUUACCGAAGAAGAAGCAGAUGCAUCAGGAAAUUAUGCACAGAGCUGAUGCAUCAUCAGCCUCAAAUGGCUUUCAUUUCCCAGAAUUGGUGAAGAAGAAAAAGAAAAAGAAGAGGAAGGAGGGCCUUAAUGGACAGGGGGAUGACCAACCUGUGAAGGCUGCCCCUUGCUCACCUCCAUCUUCCGGACAUUCCUCAAUUUUUCCUUGGCUUGUUGAGGAUACAGAAGCUACUGGGGCCUGUAGAAAAAAAACAAAGAACAUAAAAGCUGGGAAAGAGAUUCCAGACUCUGAGUCGGAUGCUACUUGGAUCCCAACAGACAGUGAGCUGAAUAGCAAGUCUGGAACAGAAACUCGCGUAUGUAAUAAGAAAAAGAGGAAGUAUCAACAUAGUGAACAAGAGGGUGGCAGAGACUUUUGCAUUCCUGAGACUCCAGAAAAGGCCAGCAGCCUGCAUCCUGUGGUACCCUUAAUGCAGCGCUUAGAUCUUUCCCUGCAGGAGAAAAAGCAGACACCUCAGUUGGACAAAACUGCAGAAUUUUGUAGUCCCAUUGCACGGAAGAAGAAGAAAAAGCGUAAAAAAGCUGAAACUCCAGAAGAGGCCAGCAGCCAGCUUGAAGCCAGUGACUUGGAAAAUGCAGGUUAUGUCUCUGAAUCCACACCUGUUCAGAAGAAGAAGAAGGCAAAAGUGCUCUUGUUAACAGAGCAGGCCGAGGCAAAUGGAGCUUCUGACAGGCUCACAGAUAUUAGGGCUCACCCUCCGACUUUGCACAAGCACAAUAGAACAGACUGCAGUGACACAGAGGACACACAAAAGGACCUCUUUGCACCUUCACCUCCUGCAGUACUCGUAACACAGCACUCAGACCUUUCCCAGAAGGAGAGAAAAGAGGCAACUGAGUCAGACAAAACUGUGGAGUUUUGUAGUCCCAUCGCACGGAAGAAGAAGAAAAAGCGUAAAAAAGCUGAAACUCCAGAAGAGGCCAGCAGCCAGCUUGAAGCCAGUGACUUGGAAAAUGCAGGUUAUGUCUCUGAAUCCACACCUGUUCAGAAGAAGAAGAAGAAGACAAAAGUGCUCUUGUUAACAGAGCAGGCCGAGGCAAAUGGAGCUUCUGACAGGCUCGCAGAUAUUAGGGCUCACCCUCUGAAUUUGCACAAGCACAAUAGAACAGACUGCAGUGACACAGAGGACACACAAAAGGACCUCUUUGCACCUUCACUUCCUGCAGUACUCGUAACACAGCACUCAGACCUUCCCCAGGAGGAGAGAAAAGAGGCAACUGAGUCAGACAAAACUGUGGAGUUCUGUAGUCCCAUUGCACGGAAGAAGAAAAAGCGUAAAAAAGCUGAAACUCCAGAAGAGGCCAGCAGCCAGCUUGAUGCCAGUGACUUGGAAAAUGCAGGAUUGCACAAGCACAAUACAACCAACUGCAGUGACACAGAGGACGUGAAGGAGGACUUCUUUACACCUUUGCCUCCUCCUGUACCCUUAACACAGCCCUCAGACCUUUCCCAAGAGGAGAACAAUGAGGUGAAUAAGUUGGACAGAACUGUGAACUUCAGCAGCCCUGCCACACAAAAGAAAUCACAUAAGCGUAAAAAUGCUCCCAGCACGAAUGCUUCUGAUGGUGGGCCACAGAAAUCUCCAACUCCUGUCCAUUCAGACGCUGAGGAAUCGUCUUCCAGCAAGUUUUCCCUUGUGGACAAUGAGUUUGUAGAAUUUACCCAGCUUUCAAUGAAAGAUCUGGACUCUGCCACCAAGGAGCUGGAAGAGUUCAUUCCUCACAUCAGGACCCUGAGUGAUUCAGCGAUUAGACAGCUGGCUGGUCGGGACCUGGUCAGGUUUAGAAAUUUUAAGAAAAAAGGCGUUGCUGUGCGGUUUGGCAAAUUUUCCAAGAAAGAAAACAAUCAGCUGCGGCACAAUGUUGAGGCCUUCUUGAAAGACACUGGGAUAGAGUCUGCAGAAAAACUCCUCUUUCCUCACAGGUUCCCCCAAGAAAGAGAAUCCAUCAACAAACUGAAAACUAAAAACUUGUUUGGUGCAAAGAUUGCUCAGGGAAUUCCAAGGCCUUGGAGGCUAGUAUAUUACCGAGCAAGAAAAAUGUACGAUCCCAAGAAUUAUAAUGGAAGGUAUUCCGAGUUGGAGAAGAAGAAGCUCAAGAAGUAUCAAGCGAUGUAUGGCAACAACUGGAAAAAGAUCUCAGACCUGAUGUCUCGCAGCAGCCAUUCAGUUGAAACAAAAUUUUCUGAGAUCAAGUGUGCGUAUAACUCCGGUCCUUGGGGUUCUGAAGAGACAAGGAAGCUAGUUCAAGCCAUCAAGGAGACACUGCUGUCCAAAAUGAGAGACUCAGACCCUGCUUCAGAGAAAGAGGAUGAGGAUGGAGCACUCAUGGUCACGUAUGAGAAUCUCUGCAAGGGCAUCUCAUGGUCCAAAGUGGAAGCCAAAGUGGACACCAGGCACUGGAGGCAGUGUAAACAGAAGUGGAUUAAUAUUUUAACCAAGAAGUUUAUGGGUAAGCGGACGAAAAGGAGCAGACUUGAACACCUGCGGAUAAACAUUGCCCUCAUUGAAAGGUUGUAUGAAGUGGACGCUGAUGACGUGGAAGAAGUUGAUUGGGAAGAGAUAGCCAGUGCUAUAGGGAAUGUCCCUCCAUAUUAUAUUCGGAGCAGAUUUUACAGAAUCAAGGCUUACCGUGUCCCUCAUUGGAAUAACAGAAGCUUCAUGGAGCAGCGGUGGGCAUCUCAAGUGUGGCACCACUGGGCAGCCAUGGCAGCAGCCAUCCCUGAGCAGAAGACCGCCCAGAAGGUGCGCUUGCCCCGGCGCCGCAGCGUCAGCCAGAUCUGUCCCCCGCCACGGAGGCCAAUGACUUUGGCAGAGUUGUACCCAGGCUGUGAGAACGAGCGGCUAGGAGUGGCCCGCGAGAGCAUGCUCCAGAACCAUCUCAUCGCUAAGCCAGAGCUUGGGAAACCCCGCAGAAGUUGCUACACUCUCCCCGGCUAUGCUUUCAGCUAUGGGUUAUAUUUGCAUGGGCUGGACGGAGGCGUUGCCGAAGCCAUUGGCCACUGGAAUUCUAUGAAGCCCAAGAGCAUUCCGGAGAAGGAGAGGCCCCGCGACCAGAAGGCCUGCAACAGCCGAGCCGUCAAGGCCGGCUUUGUCACAGCACACGAGAGCAACCUGUACCGCAAGCAAAAGGACAUCCGCCUCUGCGAGGAUGAUGAGAGGCGCUUCAAGAAGACGCCUCCGAAAGUACCUGCGGACAUGACAUAUGGGAGGCCAGCACGGCCCUCCACGCCAUUCUUUGAUCUAUUGCAGCACAAAUACAAAGAGAUGUGGAUGGACGAGCAGAGAGCCAUCAUCAAAGCUGAGAAGGCAGAAAAAAAGCAGAAGAAACGCAGAGGAAAGACAUAUGACACACGCACGACGCUGUUCAGGAGAUUCCUGCCUCCGAUGCAGGCAGAUCCUCUUUGGAAAAUGCCCCACUUUCAGAAGAUAUGUCCACACCUCUCCACCUUCCAAGACAAGGAAUCGUACCAGAGGGCUCUGAAGGCCUUCCAGUCAGAAAUCCCUGUGAGGCUUGGGCCCCUGGCUCAGGGCCUUUACACCACCACUGCCUGCUAAGGAUCAUCCAGAGGAAAAAACAGAGAAUCAAAGCUCCAGCUUCUGCACAGCCUCGGCAUCCUACUAUAAUCUUCCAUUGCAUGUUUCAGAUUUCAGGUCUAUGUUUGUAUUUGUGAAGUUGAUUACGCUCAUAAUUGACUAAGCACCUUCUGUCUCUACAUUAAACAUUUAUUCAGUUAA